UUAAGUGUGAUGAGAGGUACAACAAGAGCAAAGUUGUCCACUCCAUAAUGCGACACGUGGCUGAGAAGACUCAGACCCCGAUCGAGGAGCUUUACGAGAGCAUCGCUUGGCCCCUGAACCGGAAAUACGGACACGCCAUCGACGCAUUCAAGCUCAGCAUUACGAACCCUGACGUGUGGACCGACAUCAAGUUCCCCAGCUCGGCGAUCGAGGAGGAGCUCAAGAGCUACAUCUCCAAGAGGCUGACACCUCAGCCUACCAAACUGCGUGCCGAUAUCGAGGUCACCUGCUUCGGCUACGACGGAAUCGAUGCUAUCAAGACUGCCCUGAGCCGCGCCGAGGCAAACAACACCGACGAGAACCAGAUCAAGGUCCGACUCGUCUCUCCGCCGCUGUACGUCCUCACCAGCCAGUGCCUGGACAAGAGCUCGGGCAUCGCAAGACUCGAGCAGGCCAUCGCAGAUGUCAAGGAGAGCAUCGAUGGCGCCAACGGCAAGCUUACGGUCAAGAUGGAGCCCAAGGCGGUCACCGAGUCCGAUGAUGCCGAGCUCCAGGCCCUGAUGGAGAAGCGCGAGCGGGAGAACGCAGAGGUCAGCGGUGACGAGAGCGUCAGCGAGUCUGAUGACAACAUUCCUGCCGAGGUCUAAAUGUCUUUUUGCCUUCCGCAUCUCUGGCGUAAUGGUCU